AGCGAAGGCACUACCGAAAAGAAAAGUAAGAAGGUAAACAAACCAAGAAGUUUGUGCUUGGAGUUACAUUUCUCUUUCUUGUUUUUCUAAAAAAAUUCUUCUUUAAAUCUUUUUCCUUGGAUGCAACUUUUAGGAGAAACUUCAAAAUCCCAAUCUUCCUUGAUCCACCUCUUUCAGAUCAUUCGUUGUUAGGAACUAUCCUUCCUUUUCUUUUGCGCUUUUUCCACAAUCGUUACAUCAUCUGCAAACGCCUUUUCUUUUGCAAAUCAACCGUUUGUCUUGCAAAGAUAUCACCACUCCUCUUCUUCCUUCACACUGACACUUUCAUCCCAAAGUACUAUGGAGGAGGUCGGGAACGGAUGACGACGUUCAUGAAACAAUCAAAAGCUUAUUGAAAGCAUUUUUUAUUUUCUAACAGAUUUUCGUUUUGUUAAGGAAGAGAACUAACAGCAUCCAUUGUCUCUCUUGUUUGUCAUAAAUAACAUAAUUUCUCCAAUAUGUACCUGUGUUAUAAAUCGUUAUGAUUCGGUAAGCUUGCAUAACAAUGUGUUUCGCAUUCGUAAACAAUUUGCAGCGCUACUUUCUACAUUGUUCUACCGCAUAAAACCGUUUGCAAAUUACAAGAUACGCUUCGCUAUUCGAAUUAUUUGUUUUGAGAACGUACUUUUGCAGCUAUUUCUUCUUAUUCUUUUGUUGUUUGUAUUUUGAUUCUUUUAUCAACUGUUUUUGUUUUAUGUUUCUUUUUUCCCACCUUUUAUUGACACUGCUUCUUUCUAUCUACUGGCCUUCCUUAAUAUUCUCUCUUUUGCAUUAUAAAUAUUGAGUACAAUCCUAUCCUUGGUAGAAUACAAGCACCAUCUGAUUUUACAGACAACAUUGUUACACUUGUUCAUUCUUGCUAAUUCUUGAUUUUCUUCCAUUUAUCCUUUUCUUUCUCUUGCUUUCUUUCAAUCCUACGAAGCCGUUUCAUUCUUUGCAUGCUAUAGCCACUUGAAGCAAUCCUUCCUUAACUGUACCAUUUUUUCGUUGUUUAAAUUUUUUGUCUUAUAUCUAUCAUCCUCGACUUUAUUGUUCCCCAUUGUAUUAUCAAAUUUCUUAUCUAAUUCAUCAUGUCAUCGUCGUCUAUUGUCAAGAAGACUGUACUCAUGGACGAAGAAGCUGAAGAGGCCUUUGAUCUGUUUGACGUAACUCACAAGGGCUUUAUUGACUUUGAGGACUUGAGACGGUCAUGUGCUUUGCUUGGUGAAGAUUUGACUCAAGAACAACUUAAGCUUAUGCUGGACAUUGCUGGUACCAAUGGGAGAGUCACCCGCGAAGAAUUCGCCCAGCUUUGGAUUCACCUUGCUUGAGAGUCUUUUUUCUUGCUCUUUGCUCUAGUAUCUGUAUCUCUUUAUACUUUGUCGCGUUUUCUGUGUUUGCAUCCUUACAUCACUCAGAUCUUGCACAUCGUUGAUGUGUUUUGGAAUUCUGGUGAUCCCUCCACUUUCUUUUGCAUACGAAAUGUCCAUUCUGCUUUGUUUUGUUGGUUUAUUCUAUAUUUUUGCCUUCACUGAUGCUAAAAUGUGUUGCAUAAUUUUAUAAUGAUUUUUUUUUGUGUUUUAUUUCCUUGUUGGGGGUUUUUUUUAUUUAUAUCUUUUUUUUUGUUCCUGCUCCGUCCUUAUAUAAUCCUUCAGUAUUUAUCUAUCUUUCGGUCAUAUGGUAUUGCAUCCGGCAUAUUAAAAGAAUGCUAGUAAGGUAUUUCUGAGCUUGGUGGAUUGCAUAAUUUGCAUCGGUAAACGGAAAAAAAGAAAACAAAAAAGAUUUCAAAGAAAUAAGAUUGGUCUUAUUUCGAUGGAUUCAUCCUCCCCAUUUGCUAGCAAACAUGGUAGUUUGUUUUCUAGUAAACUAGCUCUUCCGAAGAAGAUUCUUCAAUCCUUACUCUUAAUCUUAUUAUAAUCGCUUUUUUUGAUUUUUUUUUCUUUCAUUCUAAAACCAUCAUAAACUUUCUGCUAUGUUGAAGCAAUCAGAAGAGCCUUUGAAAAACAUCUAGAUUUCCUUCAAAUGAAAUGAAUAUGUAUUUUUAUGACCCAAA